CAUAUUUCAAGAUUUCUCUAAGUAAUUAUAGAAUGUCUGGAAUUUUCAAGAUUAUUGGGUUCGAGAAGAUCAGAAGGUCGUGUUUGGAUGGAGAUGAUGAUGGUGAUUAUGAUUAUGCUCCAGCAACAUGUUUAGAGAGAGAUGGUGAUGAUGAUGGAGAUUAUGACUAUGCUCCUGCAGCAUUCUUGGAAGUAGACGACGAUGAUCGAGAUUAUGACUAUGUUCCUGCAGCAUCGUUAGAAGGAGAUGACGAUGGAGAUUAUGAUUAUGCUCCGGCUGCAUGAAAUAAAUUCAUUUUAAGGUUUUUGUUAGAGAAAAGUUUAGAAUAGACACAAUAUUUUUGGUCAAACUAGCUUAUUGUUGUCUAAUUCAAAUAUAAGGAUGUUUUAGAUAUUAACUAGGAAUUAAGAAGUAAGAACCUUGGUUUUAAUAAUACUAGUCCUUUAAAAAAAA